CUCUCUUUCCCUCUCGUUCCAGCAAUGCCAUAAUGGAACCAAUGACUGCCCUGGUAUUGGCCUUUCAACUCUUGGCCCUUUUCUCCAUUGCCGGAGCCCUGAUCAUCUAUUUGAUCUGCAAGGUACGCGACGAUGAUGUCAAAAAGGCGGAACAUCCCAAAUCGAACACCGUCUUGGUGACCAGUGCCGAUACAGCAUUGGGUCUACAAUUGUGCACCCAUUUGGCCAGUAAGGGUUGCCGGGUGCUGGCCGGCAUGAAAGAUGGUGUCGAUAGCCUACCGGCAAAGCUCUUGAUUGGUUGGUUGAAAAUGCGUGAAUUCACUGAAGCCCCUGUGUCGGGUGAGAUUAUACCCAUUUUCUUGGAUGUGACCAAAGAUGAAGUGUUGCGUGAGGCAACGGAAAAUUUGGGACGUCAUUUGAGUGCUGGCGAACAGGGUAUCCAGGCGGUUAUCAAUACCAGCGGAACCUUUUAUCGUGGGCGUAUUGAAUCGCAGGAGCUAUACCAAAUGGAACAGAUGUUUAAGACGAAUAUUUUGGGUUCGCUGCGCAUUGCCAAGGCUUUUGUGGAGUUCCUGAAGCCGACCGGUGGUCGUUUGAUUUAUUUGGGUGCCGCCAAUGGGGGUCAUGGCGAUGGCAUGAUUGCCUACAAUGUGUCCAAGGUGGCCACGGAGAAGUGUGUUCAAGAGGUGCGACGUGAACUGCAGCCGUUCGGUAUUCGUGUGGUGUGUUUGGAUACAUGCGGUCUGCAUGCUGAGAUGUUGUAUAAACCGCCAACGGCACAAAUUUCCAGCGGUGCCCCCACAACCUAUACCGCCAAUGUCUUGAGUCCCAGUGCCCUCAGUGUCGUUGAACGUGCCCUGUGGGAUCAAUCGCCCCAUGAACGCUACUCCCUCUUGGCCUCCACCAAAUACCAGUUUGCGUUGCCAUGCCGUUCCUCAAUCCGUCUAUCGAACAAAGCUGCCGACAAUGGCGUGAAGAAGAAUCCUUUGGAAAAAUCCCUUAGCGGUGGAGUUGUACAACGCGUUUGA